AUGUGGUUUCAGAACCUGUGGUUUCAUCCCCAACCAGGCAAUUUAGAAGGAUAUACGUGUGUUUAGGUCCUUUGAAGAAAGGUUUUAAGGCAGGUUUGAGAGAAUUUUUAGGCUUAGAUGGAGCCUUCAUGAAGGGACCUUUCCCAGGUCAAAUACUAAGUGCAGUUGGUGUUGAUUCCAACAAUGGAACCUACCCAUUGGCAUAUGCUGUUGUUGAAAGUGAAAACACUUCAAGUUGGAAAUGGUUUCUUCAGUGUCUUGCAGAAGAUCUUGACUUGUAUUCAAAUUCCAACUUCACCUUUAUCAGUGAUAGACAGAAGGGUCUUCUACCAGCCAUAGAACAAUUGUUCCCUAAUGCAGAACACAGGUUCUGUAUUAGACACAUAUACCAGAUCAUGAGGAUCAGAUUUAAGACUACAGAAUACAAGGAGUAUUUUUGGAGGUGUGCUACAGCCACCACCAUACCAGAGUUUGAAGCUGUAAUGGUAGAGCUAAGGAAUUAUGACAUAGAAGCAUAUCAGUGGCUCUUGAAAAUCCCUCCACAUCAUUGGGCUAGAAGUCAUUUUUCAGGAAGGGCAAUUUCAGACAUGUUAUUGAAUAACCUUUGUGAAGUGUUCAAUAGCAAACUUGUUAAAGGGAGAGACAAACCCAUUAUCAGUUGUUUGGAGUUCAUCAGACAGUACCUUAUGAAGAGAGUAUGCAAUGUGAUGAAGGUGUUAAACAAGUGUCAAGGUCCAUUAACUCCAACUGGUACUAGGAUUUUGGAAUCAAACACAACACUAGCUAGUAAGUAUCAUGCACGAUGGAAUGGGGGACAAAAGUAUCAGGUUAAAGGUCCAUGGAAUGAUCAACAUGUGGUGGACAUGGAGAAAAGGGAGUGUAAUUGUAGAAAGUGGGAGCUUACUGGAAUUCCUUGCAAACAUGCAAUUGCAAGCCUAAAUGAAAUGGCAGACAAUAAUGAAAAGGUGGGAGAACUAUACACCUAUGUGCAUAAGGUGUAUUGGCUUGAUACAUGGAAAGAGAUGUACUCCUUCAAGGUGGAGCCUAUCAAAGGUAGAGCCAUGUGGCCUAAGAGUGACUGCCCAACAACUCUUGUGCCUCCACCACACAACAAAGCUAUAGGCAGGCCAAAAAAGAAAAGAAGGAUUACAGCAGAGGAAAGGAUUGAAAUCCAGCAACGUAAGAGGCAAGCAAACAGUCAAAGUCAAAAUGAUAAUGAAACUCAAUCACUGAGCAGGAAGUUUUUGACUGUGACAUGUAGUAAGUGUAAGCAAAAGGGUCACAAUGCCAGGACCUGCAAGGCCAAAGAUGGGAAUUGAUGUUUAAGUACUUUUUAUGUUUGUGAAGACUUGUUAAUGCACUUUAGUUGCUACUUUGUUGCCUUUUUUUUGAUCCAUUUUGAUAAUGUACUUUGAUGCCCUUAUGAUAAUGUACUUUAAUGCCCUUUGUUGGUAA